AUGGAAGCAGUCAUUGAAAGUUUUAAAAAUUUAAAAAUGGAUUUAACCAUCCCCGAUAAUGGAUUAUUAAUUGCCUAUAUUAGUAUUUGGAUCAUGGCAAUUGUUCCAAUUUAUAUUGGUUCUUUCUUAUCAUUAAAAGAAACAAAAAGUGAAUCAAUGAGCAUGAGCGAUGCAUAUACAUUCCCAAUAAUUGGUAGUGUUUUCUUAUUUGGUUUAUACUUAUGUUUCAAAUAUUUUGAUAAAGAUUUAAUUAAUUUAAUUUUAUCAUAUUACUUUUUAUUAAUUGGAGCAAUUGCAAUGACAAAUGUAUUAUCAUCAUUAUUCAAAUAUAUGUUUGUUGGAUCAAGUGGUAGUGGUAAAAACAAGAAACAAAAUGAAGUUAAACCAUUAAUUUCCUUCAAAAUUCCAGCCAUUAAAUUCAUUACAGAUGCAAAAGAUGUUAAAAUCGAUAUUUACGAUAUCGUCUCUUUCAUCUUUGCAAUUGGUUUCUCACUUUGGUAUAUCAAAACUAAACAUUGGAUUGCAAAUAAUAUUUUUGGUCUUACUUUUUCAAUUCAAGGUAUUAGUUUCAUUAGUUUAACUGAAUAUUCUGUUGGUGUUAUGUUAUUGGUUGGUUUAUUCUUUUAUGAUAUUUUUUGGGUAUUUGGUACAGAUGUUAUGGUUACAGUAGCUAAAAGUUUUGAUGCACCAAUUAAAUUACUUUUCCCAAAGGAUAUUUUUGCAGAUGUUUAUCAAUUUUCAAUGUUAGGUUUGGGUGAUAUCGUUUUACCAGGUAUCUUUAUCGCUUUAUUAUUACGUUUCGAUAGACAUAUUCAUCAAGAAAGCAGAUCAAAAGGUCCAAUGAAAAAAACUUAUUUCAAUUCAACUUUAAUCGCUUAUGCUUUAGGUUUAUUCACUACAAUUUUCGUUAUGCACACUUUUAAAGCUGCUCAACCUGCAUUAUUAUAUUUAGUACCAUUCUGUGUUGGUUCAUCAAUGAUUGUCUCAGCUAUUAAAGGUCAAUUCAAAAAAUUACUUUGGUCAAAUUUAGAUACUGCCAAAGACAAUACUAAAAAAACUAACUAA